GAGCAGGUGGAGCGCCUCUCUGCUGAUGUGCGGAUCCACGGACACGUUGUUCCUUCAUUUAACUCCUAAAAACCUCCGGGCUCUUCUGAAGGCUCUGAAAACUAAGCAGGUGGCAAUAUGGGGAACGGUUCAAUGAAAUCAAAGCGCUACAAACACACUGACGGCUGUGCGCACAAAGAUCACGGCGGUGGGUUCAAAAACUCGACCCUGGAUUUCCUGAGGGCCCGGGUGGAGGAGCUGGAGCGAGAGGGCAAGAGGAAGGAUGAGGAGCUUUGUGUCAAAGAGCAGCAGAUCAAAGGUCUCCAGGAGCAGCUGGCCAAACACACACGAGUGCUGGCCGAGAUGAGCGAGGAGCUGCAGAGUAAGUGCAUCCAGCUCAACAAACUGCAGGACGUGAUGAAGAGCGGAGCAUCGGCGGGUCUUGCUUCGAGGCCUCCUUCAGUCAAAGCCAGCAGCAGGGGCAGCCCCAACCUCAGCAUUCGCAUCAAGGAAACCCUGAACAGAAGGAAAGGCGCCAAAGCCGGGGUAUCUGCCGAACCCACAUCAAGAACCUACGACUCCAGCGGUCUGCCAAAGUUCUCCUUUGAGAAGGCUCGGGUACCAAAGGAUGCAAGUGUAAAGAAGCUGCUGACAGAUGCCCUCAACAAGAACCAAUACCUGAAGAGGCUGGAGCUGCAGCAGAUCAAAGACAUGGUGGAGUGCAUGUAUGAGCACACUUACCAGCAGGGAGAGUACGUCAUCAAGCAGGGAGAGCCUGGGAACCAUCUGUUUGUCCUGGCAGAUGGGAAGCUGGAUGUGUUUCAGCAUAACAAACUGAUCACAUCGAUAAUGGUGUGGACUGCGUUUGGGGAGUUAGCCAUUCUGUACAACUGCACGCGGACCGCAUCAGUGCGAGCUGUGAACAAAGUGAGGACGUGGGUUUUGGAUCGGGAAGUUUUCCAGAACAUUAUGAGGAGGACGGCCGAGACACGACACGAACAGUAUCGCAACUUCCUCCGAAGUGUUUCACUUUUGGCUAAUCUACCAGACGACAAGCUAAGCAAAAUAGUGGACUGCCUGGAGGUGGAAUACUAUGACAAAGGCGAGUACGUCAUCCGAGAGGGAGAGGAGGGCAGCACCUUUUACAUCAUCGCACAAGGAAAGGUGAAAGUGACCCAGACCACCGAGGCCCACAAGCUGCCACAGAUCAUCAACACGCUGCAGAAGGGAGACUACUUUGGAGAAAAAGCACUUAUAAGUGACGACGUCAGGUCUGCCAAUAUCAUUGCUGAUGAGAACGGGGUGGAGUGCCUCGUCAUCGACAGAGAGACAUUUGAUCAGACGGUGGGCACCUUCAAUGAGCUGCAGAAGUACCUCCAAGGGUACGUGGCAACACUCGAUCGCGACGACAAGAAGAGACAUGCCAAGAGGUCUGUGUCACGCCACCAAAGUCAGCCUCUGUCUCCUGACGUCAUCCAGCUGAAGGAACUGGUUUCCGAAUUCUCUUCAUCCAGGCCCUUUGAUCACCUGGAGGUCAUUGCUACCCUUGGGGUCGGCGGGUUUGGACGAGUAGAACUGGUGAAGGUGAAGACUGAGGAUGUCACCUUUGCACUCAAGAUCAUCAAAAAGAAGCACGUGGUGGACAACAGGCAGGAAGAACACAUCCACUCAGAGAGGAGGAUCCUCGCGGAGGCUCGCUCGCCUUUCAUAGUCAAACUGUAUCGCACAUUCAAGGAUAACAAAUAUGUGUACAUGCUGCUGGAGGCCUGUCUGGGUGGAGAGGUCUGGAGUCUGCUCAGGGACAGGGGCAGCUUUGAUGAAUCUGCUGCUAAAUUCUGCAUGGGCUGUGUCACGGAGGCUUUCGAGUACCUCCACCGGAAAGGUGUCCUCUACAGAGACCUGAAGCCUGAGAACCUCAUUCUGGAUUCUGAAGGAUACAUCAAACUGGUCGACUUUGGCUUUGCCAAGAAGAUCAGAUGUGGCCAGAAGACUUGGACCUUCUGUGGCACUCCAGAGUAUGUGGCACCAGAGAUCAUCCUCAACAAAGGCCACAACUUCAGUGUGGAUUUUUGGUCUUUGGGCAUCCUGGUGUUUGAGCUUCUUACCGGCAGUCCUCCGUUCUCAGGAAUUGACCAGAUGAUGACGUACACUUUCAUCUUGAGAGGCAUUGAGAAGAUGGACUUCCCGAAGAAGAUAACAAAGAGACCGGAGGACCUCAUACGCAAGCUAUGCAGGCGGAACCCCUCAGAGCGACUGGGUAAUCUCAAAAAUGGAAUAACUGAUAUUAAGAAGCACAGGUGGUUUAAUGGCUUCAACUGGGAGGGGCUGAAGGCAAGGACGUUACCAUCGCCACUGAAAAGAGAACUUACAGGACCAACAGAUCACAGUUACUUCGACAGCUACCCUCCAGAUGAUGACAGUCCUCCUGAUGAGCUGUCUGGUUGGGACAUGGACUUCUGAGGGCUUCUCCUCCAUCUUUC